AUGUCCUUCCUUUCUCUCCCCAGAUCUCGUCUUUCCCAGACAGCCCUCCUCUCCCGCCGAUUCCUCGUCCCCGCUUCCACAACCCCGUCCUUCCACUCUUCAGCAUCACGCAGCGUCCUCAAGGAAUCUGAUAGACAUCGCGAGGAGGGCAACGAUGUAGCCAGCGAGAUUGAGAAGCACAAGCAGUCGCAGAUCGACCAGCAUAAGAACGGCCAUGAUAAAGCCGGCUGGGUAGAAGAAUUGGCUAGUUCCAGUGAGGAGAAUGUCAAGGCGGAUAGAGGCGAGAUCAGAGAUGCUGCCUUUGACAAAUUCCAGGAGAAGAAAGAACGGGAGAAAGGAAAGUCGGCCUAA